UUUGUGCGCAGGUUCGAAUCUCAGCCGCUUCGUGGUUGCUCCUCAGCGUCCGGCCGCACCUCGGCGGUCGCGAGGGCAGCGUGCGCGGGCUGGGCCACACCGGCCGCCCCGCCCCCUCCGCCCUCUGCACCUUCCAGCCGCAGCCUCGCCCGGACUCGGUCCUCGCCCUUCCUAGCGCGCUGCGCGCUCCGCCCUCGCCCUCCGCCCCCACAGCUAUCGGCGCUCGGCCUCCCGCGCCUGGCGGGCUCCGCCCGAGCCUUCGGGGCCCAUGGCCAAGCGGCGUGCGGCCGAGCCCCUGACGUUCCACGUGCCUUGGAAGCGGCUCCUGCUCUGCGACUUUCCUGAGGAGCCGCCGCGGCCACCGCUCUGGAUCCCGCCGCCGGGGGCCUCGCAUCCCGAGCAGCCCCUCGGCGUCCCGGAGCUGCCCCGAAAGCGUAAAAUCGACGCAGGGGGUAUGACUGAGCCUUUGGUUUCGCCCAGCAAGCGCCGCGACGGCGGGGACACUGGCGCUCCGGACGGCGCGGAGCGUGAGGGCCGCGGCCUGGAGACUGGCGAGCCGCCGCUGCUGCAGCCGCCCGUGCAGCCCCGCGGGCCGGGGGAGGAGCCCCGGGGCGUUCGGCCCCCAAGAGGCGGUGGCGACGACGGGGCGGAGCGCGCAGAGUCCCUGCGGGGAGACUGGGGGGCCGCACCGCACCAGCUCAAUGAAGAAUUUUGGCAGUAUAACACCUUCCAGUACUGGAGGAAUCCUUUACCACCUAUUGAUCUGGCAGACAUUGAAGAUGUAAGUGAAGACAACCUGACAGAAACAACACUUCAGGACAAGAAUGAAGUUGUUGAGAUCGAUAUGGAGUCCUGACAGAAGGAGCUGAAGAAGUGGGUUUUUCUGAAUUUGAGGAGACAUCUCUAAGUGAAUUUAUGUAUUCUUAAGGAAAAGAGUUAUUUUCCGUACUUGAUGUGAUAUCAUUCCCAAACCUGAAAAAUGAGGAAAAGUUGUUUUAAAGAUAAAUGCCUGCAGUCACUACUAUACCUCCCAAUAGGGAUUUGUCAAGGAUAUAGUGCAGUUAUAGGAGAAGUAUUUUAUGUAUGCAUUCUUAAGAAAAAUUUAUGUUUAGGUUCUAAAUUUGAAGAUAUCUUAUAAAAAGGAAUUGUGACAGUUUUAGAAAUAGAUGGGAAACAUUCAGGUAUUCCUCUUGUUGCACCAAAAAGUUAAUUUGUGGUACAUGAAAUAAAUAUUGUUUUAUAAUAACUUAUUAAUAAAAUGCUUUCUAAUACA